CGGUGCCCCGCUCGCCGGCUCCGCGCCGCGGGCCUGCCCUCAGGCCCCCGCGGGCCCCGCGCCGCCGCCCCGAGGCUCGCGCCCUCCCGUCGCUCCGGGACCCGCCCGCCGCGUCCCCUGGGCAACCGUCUCCAGGGAGACCGGGCCCCGCCCCCGGCACCGACACCCGACAGAUAAGGAGCUGAGUCAGGCAAGGGCGGAAUGACGCUCAUUGAUUCCAAAGCAUCUUUAAUCUGCCAGGCAGACGGGCCUUUGCUGCUGGUCUUUCUUGGACCAUUCCAGAGAGGACAACUGGUGUCUGAAAAGUGAAAAAGCAGGAUGCCCCCUGGGGUUGACUGCCCCAUGGAAUUCUGGACCAAGGAGGAGAAUCAGAGCGUGGCUGUUGACUUCCUGCUGCCCACGGGGGUCUAUCUGAACUUCCCUGUGUCCCGAAAUGCCAACCUCAGCACCAUCAAGAAGGUGUUGUGGCACCGAGCCCAGUAUGAGCCACUCUUCCACAUGCUCAGUGACCCCGAGGCCUAUGUGUUCACCUGCGUCAACCAGACUGCGGAGCAGCAGGAGCUGGAGGACGAGCAGCGGCGGCUGUGUGACAUCCAGCCCUUCCUGCCGGUUCUGCGCCUGGUGGCCCGCGAGGGCGACAGGGUGAAGAAGCUCAUCAACUCGCAGAUCAGCCUUGUCAUCGGCAAAGGCCUCCAUGAGUUUGACUCCUUGCGUGACCCAGAAGUGAAUGACUUUCGCACCAAGAUGCGCCAGUUCUGUGAGGAGGCCGCUGCCCGCCGGCAACAGCUGGGCUGGGAGGCCUGGCUACAGUACAGCUUUCCCCUGCAGCUGGAGCCCUUGGCGGGAAACUGGGGAGCCAGCACCCUACGGUUCCCCAGCCGGGCCCUUCUGGUCAACGUCAAGUUCGAGGGCAGUGAGGAGAGCUUCACCUUCCAGGUGUCCACCAAGGACGUGCCCCUGGCACUGAUGGCCUGUGCCCUCCGGAAGAAGGCCACGGUGUUCCGGCAGCCCCUGGUGGAGCAGCCCGAGGACUACACGCUGCAGGUGAACGGGAGACUCGAGUACCUGUACGGCAGCUACCCCCUUUGCCGCUUCCAGUACAUCUGCAGCUGCCUGCACAGCGGGCUGACCCCUCAUCUGACCAUGGUGCACUCCUCCUCUAUCCUCGCCAUGCGGGACGAACAGAGCAACCCCACUCCCCAAGUCCAAAAACCGCGCACCAAACCGCCCCCCAUUCCCGUGAAGAAGCCCUCCUCUGUGUCCCUGUGGUCCCUGGAGCAGCCGUUCUGCAUCGAGCUCAUCCAGGGCAGCAAAGUGAACGCGGAUGAGCGGAUGAAGCUGGUGGUGCAGGCUGGGCUUUUCCAUGGUAAUGAGACGCUCUGCAAGACGGUGUCCAGCUCGGAGGUGAGCGUGUGCUCAGAGCCUGUGUGGAAACAGCGGCUGGAGUUUGACAUCAACGUCUGCGAUCUGCCGCGCAUGGCCCGUCUCUGCUUUGCACUUUACGCCGUGAUUGAGAAGGCCAAGAAGGCUCGCUCCACCAAGAAGAAGUCCAAGAAGGCGGACUGCCCCAUUGCCUGGGCCAACCUCAUGCUGUUUGACUACAAGGACCAGCUCAAGACUGGGGAAUGCUGCCUCUACAUGUGGCCCUCCGUCCCAGAUGAGAAAGGGGAGCUGCUGAACCCCACGGGAACCGUACGCAAUAACCCCAACACUGAGAGCGCUGCCGCCCUGGUCAUCUCCCUCCCCGAGGUGGCCCCCCACCCCGUGUACUACCCUGCCCUUGACAAGAUCUUGGAGCUGGGGCGGCCCGGGGAGCAUGGGCGCUUCACCGAGGAGGAGCAGCUGCAGCUGCGGGAGAUCCUGGAGCGGCGGGGGUCCGGGGAGCUGUAUGAGCAUGAGAAGGACCUGGUGUGGAAGAUGCGACACGAGGUCCAGGAGCACUUCCCCGAGGCACUGGCCCGGCUGCUGCUGGUCACCAAGUGGAACAAGCAUGAGGACGUGGCCCAGAUGCUCUACCUGCUGUGCUCCUGGCCCGAGCUGCCUGUGCUGAGCGCCCUGGAGCUACUGGACUUCAGCUUCCCCGACCGCCACGUGGGCUCCUUCGCCAUCAAGUCCCUGCGGAAACUGACGGACGACGAGCUUUUCCAGUACCUGCUGCAGCUGGUGCAGGUGCUGAAGUACGAGUCCUACCUCGACUGUGAGCUGACCAAAUUCCUGCUGGACCGGGCCCUGGCCAACCGCAAGAUCGGCCACUUCCUCUUCUGGCACCUCCGGUCCGAGAUGCACGUGCCGUCGGUGGCCCUGCGCUUCGGCCUCAUCAUGGAGGCGUACUGCAGGGGCAGCACCCACCACAUGAAGGUGCUGAUGAAGCAGGGGGAAGCACUGAGCAAACUGAAGGCCCUGAAUGACUUUGUCAAAGUGAGCUCCCAGAAGGCCACCAAGCCCCACACCAAGGAGCUGAUGCACCUGUGCAUGCGCCAGGAGACCUACCUGGAGGCCCUCUCCCACCUGCAGUCGCCGCUCGACCCCAGCAUCCUGCUGGCUGAAGUCUGUGUGGAGCAGUGCACCUUCAUGGACUCCAAGAUGAAGCCUCUGUGGGUCAUGUACAGCAACGAGGAGGCGGGCAGCGAUGGCAGCGUGGGCAUCAUAUUUAAGAACGGGGAUGACCUCCGCCAGGACAUGCUGACUCUGCAGAUGAUCCAGCUCAUGGACGUUCUGUGGAAGCAGGAGGGGUUGGACCUGAGGAUGACCCCCUAUGGCUGCCUCUCCACCGGGGACCGCACGGGCCUCAUCGAGGUGGUGCUUCACUCAGACACCAUUGCCAACAUCCAGCUGAACAAGAGCAACAUGGCAGCCACGGCCGCCUUCAACAAGGACGCCCUGCUCAACUGGCUCAAGUCCAAGAACCCUGGGGAGGCCCUGGAACGAGCUAUUGAGGAGUUCACCCUCUCCUGCGCUGGCUACUGUGUGGCCACAUACGUGCUGGGCAUCGGUGAUCGGCACAGCGACAACAUCAUGAUCCGCGAGAAUGGGCAGCUGUUCCACAUUGAUUUUGGCCACUUUCUGGGGAAUUUCAAGACCAAGUUUGGAAUCAACCGUGAGCGAGUCCCAUUCAUCCUCACCUAUGACUUUGUCCAUGUGAUCCAGCAGGGGAAGACUAAUAAUAGUGAGAAAUUCGAAAGGUUCCGGGGCUACUGUGAGAGGGCCUACACCAUCCUGCGGCGCCACGGGCUGCUCUUCCUGCACCUCUUCGCCCUGAUGCGGGCGGCCGGCCUGCCUGAGCUCAGCUGCUCUAAAGACAUCCAAUAUCUCAAGGACUCUCUGGCCUUGGGAAAAACAGAGGAGGAGGCUCUGAAGCACUUCCGAGUGAAGUUUAACGAAGCGCUCCGGGAGAGCUGGAAGACCAAAGUGAAUUGGCUGGCCCACAACGUGUCCAAAGACAACAGGCAAUAGCAGCCCUGCCUCCCGGCGGCACACCGGCCCCGCCGAGCCAACCGUGCAUCCUGGGAACCAGGCACCCUCCGCUGCCCUUCGGGGCCUGGAAGCCUGAACUGCACCCCAUGGGAAAGAACCUACACAACUGCCUUUUGUUUACACUGGUUAUUUAUUUAUGACUUGAAAUGUUUCAGGAACUAAACAGCCAUAAACGGCAAUGCAUCCUUUGUGCAGGGGAGGGGUGCUGUGCUCCAGGGGCCUCGGUCAGAGCCCUGGCCUUGGAGGAGAAGACACUGUGAACUGGGCACCUCAAGGCUGCAUCUGCUGAGGAUUGUAACCCCAAGUCUUCCAGCUGGCAGAUCUGGACCCAGCAAGGAAUAUUUUCCCCACCGGGGAGCCUACCUUCUUCCCAGGCUCCAGCCGGGCUGCACAGUCUCGGCGCCGACAGCUACCUGGUGCCCGCUGUGCGGACAGGGCGCCCGCGCCUCCUCUGCUCACCCCUCCCUCACGCUCUCCGCUGAGCUCUGGGCAGCUCCCAGAGCAAACCUGGGUACUCUCUAGAUUCAGGGAUGCUUGCUCCCCACUUUCAGAGUGACUCUUGGGUACAGGAAUUCUUUCAUCUCUGCUAUAAAGUGAUUUUGUUUGCGGGUAAGAAAAAAAAUAGCCAGACUACUUACUGAACCUCUGUGGCUCGGGAGAACAGCCCUGGGCCCCUGAAGUAGAAUAGAUGCUGGUCCUCAAGACACAUUACAGAGAUGGGAGCUUGAUGCAGCUCAUCCUGGUCAUGGGUCAAGGUGAAAGCAGGUCAGAGUACUUUGUGCAAUAUCUGUAACCUGCCUCUUAAGGCAGGUUUUAAGUGAGGAGGAACCUGAUCUCCUCAUCCAGAACGCUCUCCUUUGAGAACCUGCCGUGAAUAAUCAGGUACCAGAAGUGUGAGUUAGGUGUGCGGUGGAAUCUUUUUCUCUGAUGGGUCUUAUCUUGAAACGGUUCAGGCUUCAGUUUAGGUGGAUCUGAGGAGCUCCAGAAAUGCAGGUUCCUGGGCCCCUCCCAGCCUUCUGAAGCCAGCUCUGGAGAUGGGCUAGGAGUCUGGGCUUUGAGAAGCCCACUGGAGAGCCUGACGUAUUAGCAGCCAACCCGGACCUGCCGGGCUACACUGCUUAUCCCUCAAAGGUCCUGCAGGGCCCGGAAGAGCCAGCAGCCACUCCCCACUCAACAGCCCGGGUGCCAGUUCUUUUUCGGUCAGAGGCAGCCAAGCAGACACAGUCUGUCAGCAGUGAGUGCCACCCACAGAGCACCAUUGACCGCACUCCUGUUCCCAACCAGCGCUGAAUUCAUGAGCCCCACCUGGCCUGUUUGGAAACAGGGAAAGCCAAGUGUAUGUCUAUACUGUAUGUUAUUUAUUUAAGUGAGUCUGUGUGCUUCCUGGCGUGGGCAGCACACUUGGCACAUACACAACAAUUUCAGGUCUGGGUGCACGGCCUGUGUGCCUGACCAGAAGCAUAUUUUCUAUGUUCUAACGUCAUUUACUGUUUCUGUAUGGGGAAGGCGAGUUCAACAUACCUGAUGAUGGUUGAGACCAGCACUCUGUGAAACCUUGAGAGCUAAAAGCAGAUUAAAAGAAAUAAAAGCCUUUUUAUGUUAUGUUCUCAGCUCAAAAAGAAAGAGAAUGCAAGAUUAAAGCAAAGACCAGACAAAAAACAACAGUCUCCCAGUGGAGUUAGAACGGGCACUUUAUUGUAGUGUUUACACUUUCCGACCUAUCAUCAAUAUACACACCCGAGAGGGGGCCACAGCAGCUACAGACAGCGCGAGGAGGUUUCGGCUCCGCGUUAGCGCCUAUCCGUGGUCUAACAGAGCAGCUACGGUGAUGGUACAUGGAGGAUGGCCACACGACACAGGACAGCCGGCAAUGUCCUCGGAACUAGCAGUUAUGAUCACACAACAGUAUUCAAAAUUAUUUCCCCCCAGUUUUAGAAAUCUAAAGUUUUACAUGUAAAUUAAAAACAAAGUGCUCUAGGGGCCUCAGCUCCUGACUGCUGUCCGCCUCGUCCUUCGCACGGCACGGAGCAGCAGGGCUCCUGCUCUGGGGACUGGGCUUCGCCGGGGCUCCGGGAGAAGAGAGGAGCUCAUGGCCGUUUAGGGCAAGAUCUAGCACUUGGCCUUUGGGCCUCUGGGGUCCUUCCAGUGCAUCUGUGCCUCAGAUGUUCUGAGUACAGGUCACUCAGGCCCACUGCAUCCCCAAACCGAGUGAGCCGGCGGUUCGCACCAUCUCUGUAGUGGAUACACGCUCCCACCACCAGGGAAACACAGGGCUGUGAAGCAGGAACCCCAAGGCUGCGCGAGGUAAGUCCAGGUUCCUGCACGAGGAGCUGCCGGUCAUCAGAGGAGAGUGCCAAAGAGGCCAGGGACCCCAGCUCCCCUCAGCCCUCUGCCAAAUUAGAAAUGGGUAGAAUCCCAAAGACAAGACUUGGCCAUUUCCAACCUCCAAAGAGGGGUCCCUGAUCACCCCUCCCCCCUCACAUACACCCCUGCUGAGCAGUGCACCAAAGUCCGUGCCCCGUGACAGCCCCGGCCACACGCCAAGACCUGAGGCCUGCGGCUGGAGUGUACCAGCUGCCUGGGUAGGGCAGGCCCUUUUCUCCUUGUCCGGGGGACGAGGGAGCAGGAGCCCGCAGGGUCUCUCCUGUGCUCAGUGUUUGCACCUCACUUUGCAUUCCAGCCCUGGAUUACACUAGCACAGAGGACACGAGGAAUCCCGAUUUAUUUACAAAAUAUUAAAAAGUCAGUUCAUCUACAUAUUAACCCCCAUUCUGCCACUUUAUACAUGCACUAGUAUGGAAAAAAUAAAAACUUUUU